AUGUCGCCUGUUGGGCUCAGGGAGUCGUGUCCAGGCUUCGCGGGUAUGUUCCCAACGCACGCUGUGAACGGAGGAUUCGGACACGCGUUCCUGCGUCGCAGCAGAGCUGUGGCCAUGCUUCGGAGCCGCGCGCAGAAACCGUGCUCUGUUCUAGGGCGCUCGACGAGGAUUUUAGUGCGCUGCUCCGAUGCGAAUCCAACCGAGCGCUAUGUGGUGGAGCCGGCUUCACCACCUAAUGACGCCGGCGACGAGCAACUCCAGCCUGUGGCCUCCGCCUCUCUGUCACAGGCGACUUGCUGGACGCUGAGCGGCAUGACGCUUAAAGAACUGGAAAACUUUGUUAGUGGCAUGGGCGAGAAGCCAUACCGUGCCCGUCAGUUGUACAAGUGGCUUUACCGCCCGCCAGUUGCCUCGCAGGUGGAUGAUAUGACCGACCUUGGAAAACUCUUCCGAGAGGCACUGGCGAGCAGUGCCCGUCUGCACGCUCUUUCGCUACGCGAGGUCCGCGAAGCACAGGACGGAACACGCAAACUCGUCUAUCAAGUCGACGGUGACAGCCCCGGGGCAGUGGAGUCUGUGCUCAUCCCUGCCUCCGGUCGGAACACGUUGUGCAUUUCCUCGCAGCUGGGAUGCGCGAUGAAUUGUCAGUUUUGUUUCACCGGAAAAAUGGGUCUGCAGAGAAAUCUGACUGCAGCGGAAAUCGUCGAUCAGGUCACAUUGACCAAGGCUCGCUACGAGUCACCGCGGCAGGCGAGCACGCAAAUAUCGAACAUUGUCUUUAUGGGCAUGGGUGAGCCAUUUCAGAAUUUGGAUAACGUGCUGAGAGCGUUGGAGAUCCUGUUGGACCCCAAGGCCAUGGGUCUCUCUCAUCGCAAAGUUACGGUGAGCACUUCGGGUCUGGUCCCGGAGAUACGACGCUACCUGCGCGAAACAUCAGCGAAUCUGGCGGUGAGCCUCAAUGCCACAACGAAUGAGGUGCGCAACUGGAUCAUGCCGAUCAAUCGAAAAUAUCCAUUGGAAGUGCUUCUGGAGACAUUGCGUGAGGAGUACGCCCGCGAUGCUCGCCGCGGUGACAAAGUUUUCUUUGAAUACGUGCUCCUCGGAGGAGUGAAUGACUCCCUCGACGACGCGAAGCGCUUACUCAGACUGAUCGCGCAUAUUCCCUGCAAAGUGAACCUGAUUCCGUUCAACUCACAUGCCGGUUCAGAGUUUCGACCAAGUCCGCUCCCGCAAAUGGAAGCUUUUCGCCAGUAUCUCCACGAACGAGGGGUUCUGGUGACCCUCCGCCGUAGUCGUGGUGAUGAUAAAAUGGCGGCAUGUGGGCAGUUGGGGAACCCAGGGAUCGGUCGAACGCCUCCUCGCAUGCGCGUACCCGAUGCUUUUCAAAAGGUGCUCGGAACGGCACCGCUUCAGACGCGUAGGUCAGCAGGUGCUUAG